AAUUAGAACCACAUUUAUUGAACCCAUGACAAGUUUUUGUCUCCGUAGAGUUUACACCUGUACGGAUGAUUUUUGGAUCCCGUGGAAGAGACUGGGAAUCUGGCCACGUGGAGGUGCUUUACAACGGACAGAUGGCACGAUUGUGUGGCCACUGAACAGCACAACGGCGAGGGUUAUCUGUAACAGCUUUGGAUAUAGCUUUGGGUUUGUGGGUCCAGCUGAAGUCAUACCAGGCGGAAGAUCGGUGUGGUUAAAGGAUAUAGCAUGUACUGGAGAUGAGCUGGAUAUAGUAGACUGUCCACAUACAUACGUAGAGGCUGACAGUUGUGACGUCAUAGAAGAUUCAGUGGUCCAUUGUUCCAACUCCCGUCUUCCAGUUGAAGAAUGCAAAUGUGAAAAUGGGGGCCAUUGUAUUGGGAACCAGAUGACUGGAGAUUAUCAGCAAUGUAAAUGCCCUUAUGGUUACACUGGAAAUCUGUGUCAACACAGCUAUCUGACAACAAAGCGGCCGUGGACGACCAGAAUUCCAGGUUUUCAUUGUGAUCUGGAGGUGUUUACGUGCCACAGCGGCGCAUGCGUACCACAUCACUGGGUGUGUAACGGCCGAUACGAUUGCCCGGAUGGAAGUGACGAAUCGCCUUACCUCUGCACUCCAGACGACAUGAACUCUAUACCGCCGCUGAAUAACUCUGCCACAACAACAGAUUGGUGGAAGCCGACUACAACCGAGGAAUGGAACUUGUCGACAACUACAACCCCAGUGUCAACUAUGCCAGUCACAACCGAUUUUCAGUGUCCCAGCUCUCAAUUUCUCUGUGGUGACGGGAUAACAUGCCGGAGCCUUUUCCUAAAAUGCAACGGCCAACCUGAUUGCUUGGACGGUUCUGACGAAAGAGGAUGUGUUGACAAUGAUGGAGAAUACGUUCGAGUGUUUCAUCACAGCCAGUGGAGGCCACUCUGUGGCAACGGAUCGGACGUCGACAAUGACGUGGGACGGGCAGUUUGUAUUUACCUGGGAUAUGAGAAGCUCAGUUCGGUUUCCACGGAUUAUUCCAACAUAGUGGACAACGGAACAGCCAUCUAUCCCCGCGAGCGAGGAAGUCACUUUCUGGGAAAUUAUCGGUCUACGAUAACCAAGUAA